CCAGCUGCUGGUCAAACGAAUGAUAUCGAUCUUGAUUCUUCUGCUUUCCUGCCGAUAUCUCGCUCCCGAACUUCCAGAGGAAGAGGCCUCGGCCGGCGUGGCGUGGUCAGUGGUCUCCAGCACAAUGGAACUCGUGGUUGUGGUUUGCCUUUUUUGGCCUCGGGACCCGGUAGUAGUGGUUCCCCCACUAAUCCGUCUCCGGCUGUCUUGGGGCCUGGAUCUGAGUCUCAAUUAUUGGCCGGAGAACUAGCCAGCAUUGGCGCAGAAAUCGUUCUUGGAUCUGGUGGUGAACAGCUUCGUUCGCUGCGCUCAUUCUUCUCGCCUCGUCGCGGCAGCACCGGUCGGCCUCGUGGUCGGCCCAAGGGCUCAAAAAACAAGAAGACACUUCUGGGCAUGCUUGGGACUGUGGGACAGACCGUGCUUCCCGAGAAUUCCGGCAUGCGUAUAAGUCUCAGUGGUGUUGCGUCGCCAUAUCUGCAGGGUAGUGUAAGCUCGCUUCGAGUAGAGGCAGCUCCAUUAUCAGGCCAAGAGGAUUUGGUGGUGGGGUAA